AUGGUGGUACGAGAGUUUUCCGAUGUAUUUUCUGCCAAUAUAACAAGUAUGCCACUAGAUCAGGACAUCGAUUUCGGCAUUGAUUUGGUGCUAGAAACCCACCCUAUCUCCACUUUGUCUUAUCACAUGGUUCUAAAGGAGCUGGGGGAGUUAAAGGAGCAGCUUCAAGAGUUGCUUGAGAAGGGGUUCAUCAGGCCAACUGUGUUGCCUUCGGGCAUACCAGUGUUAUUUGUGAAGAAUAAAUCAGGGACGUAUACUGUGUAUUGCGAUGCUUCACACAUCUUGGAUGAUGUAUUGAUGCAGGAGGGGCGGGUUAUUACAUAUGCUUCACUUCAGCUAAAUCACAACGAGAAGAAUUACCCUGUGCAUGAUUUGGAGUUGGACGUAAAGAAUUAUCUUUACGGGGUGUCUUACGAGGUUUACACCGAUCAUCGUAGUUUGCAAUAUUUAUUUAACCAGAGGGAUCUUAAUCUGAGGCAGCGCAGGUGGCUUGAGUUACUGAAGGAUUAUGUUAUUAUUAUCCUUUAUCAUCCGGCCAAGGCUAAUGUGGUCGCAGAUGCCUUAGGCAGAAAGGCUGAGAGUUUGGGUAGUUUGUUCAUAGCCAACCGACUUGUGAGGUUGGAUAUCUCUGAGCCCAGUCGAGUUCAUGCACGUGUGGUGGAUCAAUCUUCUUUUUCCGAGCAGAUCAAGGCUUGCCAGUAUGAUGAUCUACACUUGUUAGUCCUUAGAGAGACGGUACUACGGGGUGAUGCCAAAGUGGUUACUAUCUAUGUUAAUGAUGUUCUACGACUCCAGGGUCGCUUAUGUGUUCCUAAUGUUGAUGAUCUGAGGGAGACAAUUCUAGAUGAGGCACACAGUUCCGGGUAUUCUAAUCAUCCAGGUGCUACAAAGAUAUAUCGUGACCUGAGGUAG